AUAGUCAAGCCUCAUGCUUUGACCAUUUUAGCUUCAACAACAAGGAAGACAAAGGAAAGGAAACCUCUUGUUGAGCUUUGAUUCAUUCCUGAGGGUUUUUGGGGGUUUAAGCCGCCGGCGGUGGGACGACGAACCAUUCCGCCACAGGCUACCUAACCACAUCGACACUGCCAUCUUCGAAUCCGAUUGCUCCUCCUGCACCGACUAGGAUGUCUACUUCGGAGUCCAAACUCCAAGACGCAGAAUCUAACGCCGCCGCCACUAAGACCCUGGAAGAUCAACCACAAUCGGAUACCCCAAAUUACUCUGAGGAAAAAUCUUCCGAGGAAGCAAGUCUGUCAGGAAAGAUUUCCGAGAGUGGAGGUGGAGAUGAAGGAGGAGAAGAUAUAGAAGAGGAAGAGGAGGGGGAAUGUGGGUUUUGCUUGUUUAUGAAAGGCGGUGGAUGCAGAGAUAGCUUCAUUGCGUGGGAGAAGUGUAUCGAGGAGGCGGAGAAGAACAAGGAGGAUAUUGUGGAGAAAUGCUUUGAAGUGACUGGAGCAUUGAAGAAAUGUAUGGAAGCUCAUCCAGAUUAUUACGAACCGAUUCUGAAGGCGGAGAAAAUGGCUGAGGAGGAAGCGAUUAUAGAAUUGGAGAAGGAAACAACUCCAAGUGCUUCCCAGCAAGAUACGAAUUCCGAUGAACAGAAGGCCUCUGUUGGAGGUAAGUGAAGUUGGUUGCUGCUCGUUAGAUCUGAUUCUUGAAGCGGAUAAUCAUCAUUUUGUUGAGAGUUCUUUAGUUUCUAGUCGAUCUUUUAACAGGCUGUGGAAGAUAUCUUCCUUAAACUCUUUGUCUUAGUGCACCUAAAGCUGAUUUCUUUAUCUGAAAGUAUCAUAGGAAAGAAGAGAUCUUACCUUACAUCACUUCUGAUUUAAUUCAAAUUUCUGAAUAAUUGUUCAUGCCAUUGUUGUUUAGUAUCAAUUUUCACAAUCAUAUUCCCUAAUGUGUCUUUGUCAUCUCGAUUAAAGCUCCAUCUGAAUUCCCCCUUUCUGCUAUCGUUGGAGACAUUGGCAAAAAUCAUUACUUGUCACUUCAUUUAUGAACUACGUGUUCUUAAUAAGAACUUCACUUGUGAACUGUGUAACA